AUGAAGUUCUCCCACAGCCUGCAGUUCAACGCGGUGCCGGACUGGAGCAACCACUACGUCGCCUACAGCAACCUGAAGAAGCAGAUCUACAGUCUUGAAACACAAAUCAACCAGAAAAACACUGCGGCCACUGAUGCCGAGUCGUCGCCGCUGCUGAACGGCGCCGCAGAUGACCCAGACAAGGCCUUCACCAAUCUGCUCGAUGCUGAGCUGGAGAAGGUCACUUCCUUCUACCAGCUGAAGGAGGCCGAGAUCUACGGAGAGCUGGAUGCUCUGAUCAACGAUGAGGCAGGCUAUGAGCGUGGCCAAGAAGAACUCGACCAAGAGCAGCAGAAUGCGCCGCCCGGGAAGCAGACACGCAGCACUAGCGUGUUCAAGCAGAUUGGCUUCAACCGACCGCGCGCAACGAGCACAGUGAGCGGGCGAUCAACCGGCGACGGACACGACGAUGACGACGACGACGACUCAGACGUCGACGCAAACGAGACGUCAAGGCUGCGGCAGAAAAGCCCUGACGGCCAGCGUCGGCGACGACGCACAACAGACGAGAACAACAAUUCUGAUGGUCUCUCCUCGAAGCGCAGAACAAGCGUGGCCUUUGAUGACUACAAUGACAUGGCAUUUUCCGCACUAUACGACGAGGGUGUAUCCUUGAAGAAGCGCACCGUCAGCGUAUACGUCUCUCUCUGCGAACUGCGGUCGUUCAUCCAACUGAACAAGACCGGUUUCGAGAAGGUCUUGAAGAAGUUCGACAAGAUUCUGGACCGCAAGCUCAAGAGCCAGUACCUCAACCAAUACGUUUACCCCGCAUACCCGUUCCAGCAGAGCACAAUGGACAAGUUGACGCAGAAGUUGGAGCACGUUGAGCACGCCUACUCGCAGAUCUGCACCAAGGGCAAUGUUGCAGAGGCGAAACGCGAGCUGAGGCUGCACCUGCGAGAACAUGUAGUAUGGGAGCGCAACACAGUCUGGAGGGAGAUGAUCGGCAUCGAGAGGAAAGCACAAGCUGCGAACAUUGGCAUCACACAGACUCUGCUCGGCCGCGACGUCAAUGCAGGGCGAGUACGACGCCAGGGAGAUGAGAACGCCUCUGAGAUCAAAGAGGUGGUCACGCCUAUAGGGAGAUACAGGUGCCCCCAAUGGCUCAUCAGCAAGACAUUCUGGACCCUGGUGGCAUGUAUAGCAGUGUUUGUCGUAUUGUUGGUGGUUCCCAUCAUGGAGAAGCCAGAGCAGCAGAACUGCUUAGCUAUGGUCAUCUUCGUCAGCGCGUUGUGGGCAACUGAGGCUAUUCCACUCUUCGUCACAUCACUCCUCGUACCGUUCCUGGCAGUAACCCUCGACGUUGUACGGAGCGAUGUUGAACCGCACAAACGACUGGGCUCCAAGGCGGCAGCUGGCUACGUGUUUGCGGCCAUGUGGACACCAGUCAUCAUGCUCCUUCUUGGAGGAUUCACAAUCGCAGCCGCCCUCUCAAAGUACAACAUUGCAAAGAUGAUGGCUACCUUUGUUCUGAGUAAGGCCGGGACAAAGCCAAGGACGGUUCUCCUCACGAACAUGUUCGUCGCCAUGUUCGCUAGCAUGUGGAUCAGCAAUGUCGCCGCACCUGUACUGUGCUUUUCCAUUAUCCAGCCUAUUCUUCGCAACCUUCCAGCCGACUCCAACAUGACAAAGGCACUGCUCCUCGGUAUUGCCCUAGCAUCCAACAUUGGUGGCGCUGCAUCCCCGAUUGCCUCACCGCAGAACCUCAUCGCGCUUCAGAACAUGAACCCUGAACCGUCAUGGGGCCUCUGGUUCUUUGUCGCGUUGCCUGUGUGCAUCAUUUCCAUCCUUCUGAUCUGGGGUCUGCUCGUUCUUACCUUCCAGCCAGGCAAAGGCACUACAAUCGUACCUAUCCGACCCAUGAAGGACAAAUUUACAGGCGUUCAGUGGUUUAUCAGCAUCGUCACGGUCGUAACCAUCAUUCUUUGGUGUGUAAGCCAUCAGCUGGAGGAAAUUUUUGGCGACAUGGGCGUUGUGGCCAUCAUACCACUUGUGCUGUUCUUUGGCACUGGCAUACUUACAAAGGAGGACUUCAACAACUUCUUGUGGACCAUCAUCAUCCUCGCUGCCGGUGGUUUGGCGCUCGGCAAAUCCGUCAACUCGUCCGGUCUGUUGCACACUAUUGCCGAGUCCAUCACCAGCAGCGUCGAAGGCAUGAGCCUGUAUGGAGUACUCGUUGUCUUCUGCGGUCUGAUCCUGGUCAUCGCGACUUUCAUCAGUCACACUGUCGCGGCGCUCAUUGUGCUCCCGCUUGUGCAGCAGGUUGGCCAGAGCAUGUCGGAGCCGCACCCCAACCUUCUCGUCAUGGGCGCCGUCCUCAUGGCAAGUGGGGCUAUGGGUCUACCUACGAGCGGCUUCCCGAAUAUGACUGCCAUCAUGAUGGAGGACCAGCGGACUGGACAACGCUACCUCGAGGUCAAGCACUUUCUCACCCGUGGUGUUCCUGCCUCAAUUGUUACCUUUGUUGUUAUCAUCACUGUAGGCUACGGGCUCAUGCUCGCGGCAGGCUUUUAA